AUGGAUGGUAUAUAACACACUUGCAGUUAACUGAUUUGCCAAUCGCUUCACAUUAAUAGCAGUUAUCUUUAAUUUUUUUAUUUUAUAGUUACUAUAUCUUUUUUAUUUUAUGGUUUUUUUCGUAGGAAUAAGAUGGGAAUGUCCAAAUAAUUGUGGUCGUCAUUACAAGAAUAAAGGACAUCUACAGCGUCAUUUACAGCAAGAAUGCGGUGUUGAACCUCAGUAUGUUUGUGUGAUAUGUUCAAAGGCAUUCAAACGCAAAGAAUCGCUAAAAAAACAUUUUGUUAUAGUUCAUAAAAUAUAAUUAUAAUAUUAAUAAUAAUAAUAACAAUAUAAAUUAUAGUAACAAUAAUAAUAAUAAUAAUAAUAAUAAUAAUAAUAAUAAUAUUAUUCUUUUAGCAGUAUAGAAAUUUACUUAUUAAUAUUAAUAUUAACAUUGCACUGUAUCAUCUAUCACUAAUGAUAAUAUACUUUUUGUGCUGAGCAGGUCUUUUCCUGCCAUUACAGUGUUAUGGGCGGGCUUAAUAGUACUAAUAAUUAUAAUAUAGUUAAGAAUAUAUAAAAAAAAAAAAUAUUCAUAAAAUAAAUAUUUAAAUUUGUUUUAUAUUUUAUAGUAAAAUAAUCAUAAGAUUGUAUGGCUUUUAGUUAAUUGGCAAUUUAAUUUAUCUAAUAAAAUAGUUUGUUUUAUUUUUAUUUGAUGAAACUUUAAUCAUUUUUUUUCUCUAUCGACCAUUAAUAUCUAAAAAAAGAAAAUACUAUAUGCUGUAUAUAGGUAUUAUACCUAUUAAACAAUUUAUUGAAAAUAUGUUUUAAUAAUAGUUAUAGGUAUAUUGAAUAAUUUCAUGAAAUGGAACUGCAAAACUAGUACACUUUCUUUGGAACUUAUUGUAUCAUUCAGAUAGAUUUUUAUAUCCAUAUUGCGAAACUAUGUACUUUGUGAUUAUAAUUAUGAGUAACAUACAAAUUUUCGCUUAGAAAAUUGAUACUUACUAAACUUACUAUACUUAAAUACCUAUUAACUUAUGUGUUAUUUAAAUAGUAAACAUAUCAAUUAUUAAGGUAGGUAAUUGUUAUCUUUUAUGCUUAGAUAUAUAUUGUAUGAUCUAAGCUUUUAUAAUUGUACAAAUUAUUACCUGAUAAAAAAAAUAACAAGAAAUUAUGAUAACUGAUAAUUUAAUAAGAUAUAUUUACCUAAUCGUUACAUUAUUUUAAUUUAUUUAUAGAUCAAUUUGUAAAAUACGGGAAUUUAAAAUAGGAUACUGUGCUGAUACCUACACCUAUAAUUUCAGUUCCUUAAGGGGAAUGAGUCGGAUGGAGAACCAGUCAACAUCGUGUAAUAAUUAAAAAAUAAAUAAUUGUCUUGGAGGUUAAUUCUUAAAAAAAAAAAAUACAGAAAUCAAAUCAAAUACAUAAAAAAAAUAAUUAUUUAAAAAAAUCAAUAUUAUUUUUAAGAAUAAACAUAAUAUAUAUUUAUGUCAUCAGUUUUUGUUUGUAUUUACAAAACCUGUUCUAUGUUCUUUUUUUUACUUUUCUUAUUUUUACUUUUAAGUUUGAUAAUUAGCCAAUUCAAUUUAAUAUUAAAUAUAACAGAAUACAAUCGAUUCUACUUCUGAACAAAAAUUUGAUGUUAUCUAGUUUUCAUUUAGCCGUAACAUAUGUACAUAUAGUGAUUUGAGUUUUCAGGUAACACAAAAUAUUUUGGCCUGAUAAUCUUAGAUAUGAAUUCCAUUGUUUUGAGUAUGAUAGCGGAUUCUGAAAUACACAUCUUAUGAUUAAUUUCAAUAUUUUAACUCUUAAUACUUGCAUGCACAAUAGAGAUGAUUAUUUUUUCAAGCAAUUGAUCAAUACAAUUUCUUUCAACUAAAAAUUUAGCUGUAUACAGCUAUCUAAAGUUGGUUUAAAAUAUAAUUAUUCAAAAUUUAAAAAAAAUUUAAAUUACAUGGUUUGAAGAGGGAAGAUAUUUGAUUAUUGUUUAAUGGAUAAAAACUUUUUGGAAAGAUAAUAAUAAAAUAAUAAAUAUAUAAAAACACAUAUUAUAAAUUUCUUGAAUAAUUAUAUCUUUUCCAACUUUUUAGACUAACUGUAUCUUAGAUAACUUUUGAGUUAAAAACUGUAUUAAUAAAAGUUGAUUAAAAAAAAUUGGACUAGGUACCUAUUCGAAUCUAUUGUCAAAAAUAAGAUUUGCUAUUCAAACAUAGUAAUUUUCAUUGCGCUUUCGCACACCAAAAGAAUUAACAAUUUUAAAAGUGUAGAUUUCAUGACCCAUAAUUUGAAAACAGAAUUUAAAUCUAAAGGUGUCCAAAAAAAAUAUUAAGUAUUUCCAGUAAAUAUGAACACAUUAUACAAUGUCAAUACCUAAUUCAAAGUGAAUCUUCUAAAGCUCCUAUCUUACCAAAAAUCCUCUUGAGAUGCUCACCACCAACACAUUUUAACUUGUUUUAUAUUUUAGACAUUUUUUUAAAUUGAAUUUUCUUCCUAUAAUUUACAACGUUUUUGAACAUAAUUUUCAUUAUAAUUUAUUAGAUACCUAAUUAUCAUAUUUAGUUAAACGUACAUAAACCGUUUUAAUUAAUAAUAAUGUUAUAGGCAUAUUGUAUAUGUAUAAAUAACAAUUAUUAUUAUAUAAUUAACUAUAUCACUAUAGAAUAAUGUUAUUUCAGGCUGCUUUUUGCUUAAUUUCUCUUAAGUUUUAAUUGUCUUGUAACUUUUAUUUACAGACCUGCUUAUACGUUUUUGCUGUGACUUAUUUGUAUUGAUUUUUACAGCUUGUCCAUUCAGUGGAAGGUAUAUAUGCCCGAAUUCAUGUGGUCGAAGUUACAAAGAAAGACACAAUCUUAUUAGACAUUUGCGAAAGGAAUGUGGCGUUGCUCCUCAACACAAAUGCCAUCGAUGCUCAAAAGCUUUUAAGCAUAAAGCUCAUUUAACUAGACAUAUAUUAUCGUGCACCAAUGUUCCUCCUAGUUUUAAAUGUAAAUUCUGUGAUAGGAUGUUCAGGUGUAGAGAUACUUUGAAAAAACACAUUUUAUUAAUUCAUAAAGUAAUUGAACAGUUUACUAAAUAAUAGGUAACUGUAUAUACAAUAUAUACAUCUACCUCCUAAUUUGUUAUUUUAACGUAUUUGUUGUUCUAAUUGUUAAAAUAUUGAUUUUAUUAAAACUAAAUUGUAGGUAGCAAAAUCUUUUUAUACAAUUGUUCAAUUAGUUUUAAAACAAUUCGGAAUCAUUCAUAACAUUGGUAUUUUGUUAAAAGGGGUCUAUCACUUUUUUUCAAGAAGUAAAAAAAAAAAAAACUAUUUUAUAAAAAGAACAGCAAAACAGUUUUUAAUGGUAUUUACCAUGGAAAACAAUAAAAUUACUCCUUGUAAUCAACCUUGUACAUAAAGUAUACAUGUAUUUAAUGUGGUAUACGCUCUUUUAACAAACCACCAUCUAAUUAAGAUAAUUAUAUGAUGAUAAUUAGAGGUAGAAUAAAUCAUUUUUUUCUUUCUAAUCAUCAGCCAUAGGCGUGCCUGCGGAUUAUGCAGGGUAUUCCGCUGUGUAGUCUACAACGUUUAACGUACAUAAUUGUACAAUAUACAUUCUUAAACUUAAAUAUUUUUACAAUUGUUUUUAAUAUUGUUUAAACUACAUUACAUUAUAAUAUAAUUUAUCGUAAUUAAACUGAAUGCAAUGUUUUAAAUAUAUUUUAUGAAGGGCCCAAUUAUUUAUUAUUAUAAUAAUUUGGAAUUCUAUUUGUAUAAUUAUAUAACCUGUAAAUAUGAAGUCUGCGCACGCCUAUGAUUAAAAGCAUAUUAAUUUUUAUUAUAAAAUCAAGAAUAUUAUUUGUGUACUAUAAACAAUUAUUAUUAUAGUUAAAUAGUAAAAGUAAUAUUCUUGAAAACGACAUAGUACCUUUUGUCAUUAAAUAAUGCCGUAUUAUAAAAAUAUAAAAUAUUGUCUAGAACUAAAUAUAGUUUUUUUUUUUAACUGACAUGUAAUUACAAAAACUGGGUGAAUGGUUUUAUAUGGAUAUUCAAUUUUAAAUACAUUUUAACAUGACAAAAAUUACAAUGUCUUACUUAUAAACAUAUUAAUAUUAUAAGUACCUGGUAUAGGUACGUUUACCCAAUGUUAAUUUAUAAUGAUCAUAAAAUUAAAAAUUAAAUAUAUUAACAUUAACGUAACUAAAAGAAAGCUACUUUAUGUUACUGUAUUACUAAAGCACUUAAGUUUAACAUAUUUUUGUAGGGUACCACUUAAUUAAUAUAAAACCUUAUUGUAAAAAUAAAUCUAUAAAAAUCUUCUUGUUGAUAAUAUAUAAAAAAGAUAAAUAGAUUGUACUUAGUUCUUAAAUACUUAUCCAUUUGAAUAAUAAUGUGAUUUAGUAAGUAUUUUUAAAUGUUAUUGGGAAUAAUGUUUCUUAAUAAGUCCUAUUAUAUUCAUACCUAUAUCUAAUAUUCACUAACUUUAAAACAAUACAAUUGAAUAUGUUUCGAUGUUAUUAUUAUUUACUCUAUGUUUUGUUUGAACUGGAAACUAACAUAAUAUAUUAAAACUGUUGUAUUAUUAUUAUUAAAAACUAAAGUACCCAUGUACUAAGUUUUUCAUGGUUUUUUUUUUUUUUAAUAUAGUUACAUAUAUAAAUGCUAAUUUUUGCUUUUAAUUUUAUCCAAAAUAUCAUUAUUAUGACUAAACAGAAUUGCCUUUAUUCACAGAUUUCCAAGGCAGAUGGCCCUGUAUGAACAAUUGUGGUAGAAGCUAUAAAAACAAAGGUGACUUGAUACGUCAUGUAAGAAAAGAAUGUGGUAUUCCUCCUCAGUAUCGUUGUGACGUUUGCUUUAAAAUGUUCAAACAUUUUCACCACUUAAAGUCGCAUAUGGUAGUGAUUCACCAGAGAUUGUUUAAAGGCAAUUAAGAGGAUAUGAUGACAUUCCUUACAAUAUUUAAGGAUUACGUUCAAAAACUUCUAUGCUGACAUCAUCUGAAGGCAUCUCAUUACUAACAUUUGUUUUUUUUUUUUUUGUAUGUCUUUCGCAUAAUAUAGCAACACAAUUGGAUUAAAGACUAAACAGACAGAAAAAACAAAUGUUAGUGCCAAGACCCCUUAAUAAUAAUUAAUAAAAAUAUUUUACUAUUAUUAAACAAUGUUAGAACAUUUUCUGAGUAUGUAUAUUUCAAUUACCUAUUAUUAUUGUUGUUAUUAUUAUUAUUAAUAUUAUUGUUAUUAUUAUUAUUAUCACUGGUUUGUGUAAAAAUAAUUAGUUGCAAAUGUAUACAGGCCAUAGGGUACCUACUUAUUUUGUUGUUACUGUGCCUCAAACCUUUCAAUAAUUCAUUAAUACACAUUUAAAUUUUCUCUAUAUAUAGGCCCCCUGACACAAAAUCUAAUUAAAAUAAAAAUUUAAUAUUAAGAGAGAUAUUAGCACAGGGAUAACCCAAUGGAAUACAUUGCUGUGUUUUUUCAUCUCAGAUAUAGUUUACUUAUAACAGCUAUAACAUAAUUAUACCAAUAAUGAUUAAAAAAAAGAACAUGGUCACCUUUCUUAUUUCAUGUAAAACUGUGAGACCUUUUUAGUCUUCGAAAUCCUGAUGAACGUUUUAGUUAUUGUCACUGAGCAAUUUUAAAAACUUGAAUUAGUUUUAUUAAAAAUAAAUUCUUUAAUACCUAUUAAAUUAUAUAUAAUUCGCCAUACGAAAUAUGAAUAUAUAUAUAUAAUUAUAAAAAAUCAGAUUAUGUUUUACUAUUUUUAUUUCGGUAAUAUACAUGCGUAGGAUAAUAUUUGAGGGAGAUGCAGUUUAUUUUUAAACAAUAUUGGUGUAACAUUUGUAUUUUCGAAUGUGUGUGAGAGAAAACAUUUUGAAAGUUUCGUUUCCGUGGUGCAUUUCUUGGAAACGUCACUUAAUUUUUUUGUUUUAAUUCUCUUUCGAAGUAUUUCCUACUUUAAUAACUGUAUACCGAUAUAAUUAAUCCAGUAUGUUCUUGUUUUAUACAUGGGGACACAUAGAAAACUGAAAAAUAAUUCACAGAAACAACAGAAUAACUUAAGGGUUUAUAUUCGAUUAAAAAUCUGACAUGAGUUCGCACCAUUAAUGACUUAAGAUAUAUUUUAUACAUAAGUAUAUCUAUCCUAAUCCAUGGUUGGCAGUCAAGUUGUAGUCUCAUAUUAUGUUGGGAAGCAUUGAUUUUUAUCGAAUCAUGCAAAUAACAUUCCCGAAUGUUAAUAUCCUGUGUAUCAUUUUCUGAAUAUAUAUAUAUAUAUAUAUAUGGUUUUUUCCUAUAUAUGUGAUUAAAGAUAUAACAAUAUUAAUAUGUUUCGUUUAGUUAGUACCUACAGGGACGGAGUGGCCAGUUUAUACAUGGGGAUUUUUUAGAUAACCUGGAUCGAAUUAUGACUCAGUGACCUGAUAUUUAUAUAUAAUAUUUUAAUUUCUUAUAUUAUUUAACAAUUUAGUAAAAAGUUAUGCAAAGACACAUAUAAUAUAUUCUCAUUUCGGUUCGACAAUACUUAUUAAAUUUUUUUUGUAUACAUUUUCAAUUAAAUUAUCAAAUUAAAUGUAUAUUGAUGAAAUCACUUUUCUAAAUUUUUUUCGGGGUUGAAAUUCCCCCACCCCCUCUUAUUUUUGUUCAUGUUUCAAGUAAAACCGUAUUUAUUUCCCCUCAAUUCAAAAUCCUAGCGUUUGUCACUGAUUCAAAUUAAAACGCGGGAGCAAUUUUGUUUGGUAGGUAUGAAUGAUACAUUUGAAUAUCCCGACCUGAAUUUGGUUUCGACUUCGCCUUUGAGUAUCUAUCUAUCUUUUACAACUAUGCAUUCUUAUUAGCUAUAACACAUACCCACCUAUAGUAUAGGUACCCAUUUAUUUACUAACCUGUUUUAAUUUAGUGAAUUUUUGAAAAGUUUAAUUUAUUAAGUGAAAAGAUACCUGCUAAUUUUUAAACUAUCUUAAAUAUAGACAACCAACACAUAUAAAAUAUAUUACACAAAUCAAUAAGUUUGUAAUGAAAAUAAAUUGUAUGUAGGUAAUUGUGUUUACCUACUCAUACAUAGUACAAAGAAAAAUCUAUACAUACAUCGCAAUAUAUGUAGACUAUUGUUGUAAGGGAGAUUUAUAGUACAAGUUGGUAUAAUAUACUCCUGUUACAUUUUGAGAUUCUGACCGGAGGGAGGAAUAUAUUGGUUUUACAAUAAUGGUUACUUUUUUUUUAUGAACAACUUUUCUACCAGAAAUUUUGCUCCGAUUUUAAAGUGUAACACGUUUUCUGAAAAGAGAAACCGAAGUGGUACUUUAAUAAGAUAAUUUUUUAAUUUUCUGAGGAGUUUUCAUAAUAAAUGGGGAAAAACGUAGGAAAAAUGGGAAAAUUUACGAAAUAUAUUAUUUUCAAAUCGUAAAUAUUACGGCCGUUCAAAACAUGUAUAACCGAACUCCGUUUAGAAUUGUGUUUUGCUAGCAAUAAAUAAUCGUUGCGUAAAGAUAUAUAUACAACUUCUUUCUAAAUCUUACCUUCCCGAUUGUUUACCUAACAACUGUGGCCCACUCAUCGUAUGAAGUAUAUCCGUUUGUUUUUUAAUUUUUAAUCUUAAUUUUUGCAAAAAAUCGUAAAUUCAAUUAGUUUAUACGAUUAAUAGUUUUAAACGAAUGUUAAAUGCCUUUUUUUUAAAAUGUUUUCAUAUGAAAAAAUUAUUAUUAUUUUUUUUUUUAAUUUAUAAGUAUCUUAUUUUUUUAUAAAAAAAUAAAAUCUAUUAAAUAAGAUUAUUUUAAUUUAAAUUUUCAUCAUCAAAAUCAAUAAAAAUAUUCUUUUACUAUUCAUAAUAUGAUUAUUUUAAAUACUUGUAAUUUUUUCGAUUUUUCAUUUUUGAUGGUAUUGUAUUAGACAUGGUUUAAACAUUUUAAAAAUUAUAUAUUUUUUUUUAUUCGUGGACAAUAGACAAUCUAUACUACAUACUACACAGUUUAGUAUAAUAGGUAAUAAUAAUAAUUUUUCUUUUGUAUUUAAAUAAACAGUUAUUUGUGCAUUUCAAUAUUCUUUUUUGGAAAAAACUGAAGUUAAAUUAUGAAAAACGUUGAAUAAUUAAUUAUAUUUACCUAUAUUUUGAUAGUUAGGACGACUUAGAAAUGUAAUCUUUGUUUUUCCUGAUUUUAUUUUUUUUAUUAAUGAAUAAUAAAAUAGUAUUAGUAAUGGAUUACAUUAAUGUUACUAUAAUCAUUGAUUAUCAACACUAGUAUUUACAAUCAAUGCUAAAAUGUUACAUUAUUAUUAUUAUUAUUACACUAUUAUAUUUUGCAUCUAAGAAAAUGCGUCGUUUUAAGUGAUAAUUUAUUGUACCUAAGUAUUUAUAUUUAUUGUAUUCAAUAAAACAAAAAAAACACCACUGUUUCCAUCAGUGUCGUUUUCGUGAAUAGUACAUUGAAAAAUUUGUUAUUUGCUGUUGGCUUAUUAUUAUAGAUUCUUUAAGAUAUUUUGCAUAAUGUACUAUUAUGUAUUAACUAUAUAUUUUCAUAUUAUAUACUUAGGUGAUAUAAAUGAUCCUCGUCUGAGAUGGCUAUGUUGGAAUGGAUGCGGACGAAGUUAUAAGUAUAAAUACGAUUUAAGUAGACAUAUAAGAAAGGAAUGCGGUGUCGAACCCCAACACAUAUGUAGAAUUUGUUCAAAGGCGUUUAAACGAAACGACCAUUUAUUAUCUCACAUGUCUAGGCAUUGCAUUAGAAAAUAACAUCAAUACCGAAUACCUACAUUAAAUAUUUACAUUUUUUUUGUUUUUAAUUUCAAAAGUAAGUGAAAAACUAUUUAUAACAAACGAUUCUAUAUAUAUAUAUCUAUAUAUAUAUAUAUACAUAUUAUUAGUAAUCGGCAUAAUAUUAAUACAAACUCUUAUUAUAACAUUUAUAAUGUAGUAUAUGUCAUUUGUAGUACUAUGCUGUGUAUUGGAACUAGUGGCGGAUAUAUCUAAAUUCUGUAGGGUAGUGGGAUACAAUUAUUUCUUAGGUACCUAUUGAGUCGUACGUAAUAAUAAAUAAUAGUAACGAAAACCCAAGUGGGAAGGCCAGUGACGCAACCAGGGGAUAUUUUGAGUGUCUGAACAUCCGUGUUUAAGUAAUAUAAAUGUGUUAAAAACCAUGUUUUUUAAUAUAGACAUGUGACACUCAUCUUUAAAAAAUCCUGGUAAUAGCACUGGGGGAAGCGAUUCAUCAAUUGCUCCUUCCACCUGAUAUCCGCCACUGAUUAAAACUAUACCCAGGUAUAUUUAUAUUAUAAUACAAAAUUUUAACAAUAAGCUAAAACGAUAAUAUUAUGUUAUAUAAAUAGAAGAUGCACGAUAAAAUUAAAUAAUAUAAAAAAAUAUGUUAUGUUUUAGAUUAUUUUUUGAAGACUUGACGAUUUUGAAAAAAAAAAUUGUAUAACUACCUACACGGUAACAGAACAUAAUUUGUUUACAAAUAAAGUCUGCACACGUUUUUAGUAAUUUUUGCCUUGCCAUAACUACUAGAUGUAAUGAUUUUCUACUUAAUUCUUAUAUUCAAAAGUAUAUGUAAAAUAUUGAAAUUAAUGUAAAUAUCUACAGUGGCGCAACUAGGGAGGGGUUGUAGGUUAUAAUCCUCAUCCGAAAUUUGAAAUUUUAUUUUCAAAUUCUAUGUACCUACCUAUUACGUAGGUAUAGUUGCAUAGUUUUUAAUUCAGUUACAGACAUUUUUAUAUAAUUUUAAAUAUGUAUACUUCGUGCACGUCAUGUAUUUAGUAAUUUAUUAUCCCAAAAACCUGUCCAGAAAUAUUUUUGAAAUUCAUAACCCAUCAACCCCGGAAAUGAAUCUUGGUUACGCCACAAAGUACCUAUAUAAACCAUAUAAAUUGUAUUAUUUGUUUGAUUUACUCUAAGCAGGUGAAAUUUGAUAUAUUAUACUGUUCAUACAUAAAUGUAAAAUAUCUAUUUCAUAUUUUAUAAAAAAUUACUAUGUGUUAUCGUAUUAUAUAUUUUGACUAAUGUGUGAAGUAAAUUCGAUAUAUUUUGUAAUCUUGAUUAAAGGUAAAAUCUCAUAUUAUCUAUAUGAAUAUAAACAAUUAUAAUAUACAUACGUCCUAUAUUAGCUUAUAAAUGUAUUAUUUAUUAACGCAGUGUCACCAUCGUCGUGUCGCCUAAUCGGUUCAAACCAAUCUAACAAGCCUGGAAACGUUCUUCUUGUGGUCUGCAAACUAACACGAUGUAUCUAAUAAUAUAUUUUAUAAUAUUGUAUCUAUACCUAUACACUAUCAUAACCCGCGUCAGUCAACACUAAAUUGUCUAAAUUUAUUUUGAUCACUAAUAUGGAAAAUCGAUUUGUUUUGUUUUUUAUUUUGUUCGAAUAGGUUUUUUCCAGAAGUCCAAUUCUUUAAAACUGCCGUGCCCAAACGAUUGUGGCCGAUCGUAUAACCACCGCGGAACGUUGCGUAGGCACCUAAAGUACGAGUGCGGUGUACCGCCGCAAUUUAAAUGCGAAUACUGUCCGAGAACUUUUGCCCAAAAAGUCAACCUCAACAAACAUCAAAUUGCUGUACACAAAAACAUUUUAGACGCGAUGAGCAUGUGUUUUGUCGAAUUGUUUGAAAAGUAAACGUUAGUAAAUGUUUAUUAUAUUAUAAUGUAUAUUGCAUGCAGUUAUAAAUAAAAUAUCUAUCUAUACAUAUUAUAUAUCUCUUUAAAUUAUUUAAUUUGUGUAAUUUAUUGUACCUUUAUAAUAAAUAGUUUAUGUAGGUAUAUAUAUCACAGUCAUGUUGAAAAACUAAUUCUUUGUUAUUAUCUAUAUAUUCUUUAAGGUCUAAAGUUAUAUAUGAUUAUUAAUACCUAAUUGAAAUUUAAUUGUUUUUAUUUUUUAUAGCCUAAUCUGAUGUUGUAUAAUAAAUAUUUUGCUAAAAUCUAAUAGAAUAUAAUAUAUAGUUUUUAAGUUGGUAUAACAAACCCUACACCAUUAUUACCCAUCAAAUUAGUAUUAUUUAUUUAUUUUUAUGUAAUAUGUGCAAUUGCAUUUAUUAUGAAAACUCUCCAAAUUAGAUAGUUAUCAAUGUUUUACAAACAGUUCAAAAAUAUGUCAUUGGUAAAUUGGUCAACUUGGUAUUGAUGAGUUUCUUUUUUUUCAGAUAUUUCAUAUGUUAACACGUAAUAGGUAAGUAUUUACUUUGUGUUUGGAUUAUACGUCCAGUUUUAUUACCUACCUAGGUACUAAAUAAUCAAAAAGUAAAAAUAUUGUGUCUGGCUCUUAUAUAUAGACAACAAAAAUCGUUAAUUUAUCAAAUAUAAUAUCAUAAAAGCAAUGCUGAUUUAUAAAUAUAAUGUAAUGCUUAGUUAAUAGUAUUGUACCUAUUAUUCUAAUGCAAAAUCUUUUAUUUCCCAAGCUAUUUGUACUUGACUUAAUUUUAUUUAAUGAAGUAAUUAUAGUAAAUUAUCUACCCAUUUUUAUUCCUUGGAUUGGUUACCCUUUAGUGAGUUCUAUUUGACAUGUCACUAUUCUCGGGAAUAAAAUAAUGGAGUAGUUAAAUCUUGGUUACUGAAACGCAGUUGAUGAGCUCGUUAUUCUCGUCAUUCAUUCGAAGUUAUUCUCAAGUGUCCAUCAUCAAACACUUUUGUUAGAUCCUCUGCGGAAUUUUCCAAUAUAUAAUUUAAUAUUCCUAUACAAAUUAUUUAAUAAGUUUGAAUAAUUUUUUGAUAGGAGUAGAGUAGUGAACAAUGAUUUGUGUGGCGGUGAGGCACGCGGCGUUUUAAUAGUACUUCACUACUCUCCUCCUACUAACAAAACGUUAAACUUAAAAGUGGAAUAUCUCUUCAAUGGGUUGACAAAAAUUUAAAAAAUCAACAUCAAAAUGUAUUUAAAUUAAUAUUUUAUCUAUUUCUUGAAUUUUUAAAAUAGAUCGCUAUGAGUAAUAGGAGUAAUGAUUUUAUCAUCCAAUAAUAAGGGUAACAAAAAUUAGCAAAAAUGUAAAAUUUUAAAGCUGAUUGUUUCAUAGAUUUCUUAUAAAGCAAAUUUUGGAAAAAGUUAAUACCUUUUGAAUAAUGAAUAUCUUACUUUAUGUUUAUCAUCCUGUUUAGGUAAUUCAAAAACGUAUUAAAUAUACUGAAUACUGAUAUCAUUAUUAUGUCUAUCUACAUAGUAUAACACAUUAUCAAUACAAAAUACCUAUAUACUUACACCUAUGUUUGUAUCGAUUUUAGAGUAACUGUUUGUUUAUAUUUUAUAGGUAAUACGUGUGACUCGCCACAGGAAAAACCAAAACUAUACCUAGGUAUAAUAAAUUAUUCAACGAACAUAUCAUUAAUAUCUACAUAAACAAAGUCAAUAUUUUCAUUGUAGAAAAAAAUAUUUAGUCUGAACUGUAUAAUAAACAUUAUAUUAUGAUAAUAUUAUAAAGCGUUUAAUGUACCUAUGUAGUAUGUCUGUUUGAAUAUAGAAAUAGAAAAAUUAACUGUUCUGUUUUUUAUUUAUUGUUAAAAUAUUACCUAUGAUGUAUUAUAGUCCAUAUAGUUACUUUAUUAAACAUUGUAAAUUGUACGUUAAUAUUUUUAACGAGCUUAUUUCGACAGAAUUACGGAAAUACUAUUAUUGUUGAUGUUAUUAUUCCGUCUACUUACCUACUUAAUAUCUAUACGAAUCAUAGUGUGUACAUUUUCAGAAAAUGGUCAAAUUUUAUCGAAUAUUAACUUACCGAUGAGCAACUACGGUAGAAAUUCGAAUCCCGAUAAAUCGAAUUUAACGAGGAGAUUAAUGUACGAAUUUCGAAUGAAAGAAUUGGACCAACGACUCCGACAAAUUACGAUGUUUAAUAGCGGUGAACUCCGCGUCAAAAAAAUGUGAUUCGGUUUCACCGAAGACGGGCAUUAUACUCGUAAUAUUAUAGCACGACGAUAGGUUGUGCAAAUUUAACUUAGUUCAAAUUAUUUAUUAGAUAUUAGUUAACGUUGCAAUCUAUAAUGCAUUUGUUAUGAUUAUUAUUGUUGUAUUUUUAAAUAUUUUAACAUUUAAUACUGUUGUACGAGUAUUUUUACGUUCGUUAUAAUUGUUAUGAUAGUGUACAUCUUUAAUAUGUUUAUUGUGGUUGUUGAUGUAUUUUUCGAAAAAUAUAUUUUCUAAUGUUAUACUUAUAUAUUUUUGUUACACAAAUGCGUACAAAUAUUAUUAUAAUAUAAUGUUAGGUAUAAAAAAUACUUGUUUAAACUUGGGUACAUAGUAAAUAUAUUUGAAUACAUCAAAAAUAAUUUACAAAUUUGGGACCGAUUUACUUAACGAAAAUGCUUGUAUUAUUUUGGUAUGUUAAAAUAGAAAUGUUAUCAAGCUUGUGACCAUGGAGCCAAGCAACGGCUGUCCACGAACCGACAAUCAUCGCAACCGCAAUUCGGCGACCGACAGCUAUUGAUCUCCUCAGUACGAAAUUUCAAUUUUCUUCAAUCAAAAUCCAUCGUAAUUGUUUAUGGUUUAUUUUUUGCUAUUUAUUGUGAUAAUUUUUAAGAUUAAGCGGCACGGGUUUUUUUUAUAAAAAUAACACAAACAAAUAUUCUGAAGUGUUCGAUUUUUUAAAUUAUAAUAAUGAUACCUAUGGCUUAAAUAAAUUCAAAAUAUUGUGUUUACAAAUGUACCUAUUUAAUUAGGUUAUUUUCUUAGAUUGUUAUUUUUUACGAUGUUUCCUAUGUAGUUAUAACAAUAUCUUUGUCGGCUCAGGAGUGACAAAGAUAGUAUUAAAACUACCUAUAUUUUUUUUCGUUUUUACUCAUGGAUUUCUUUCAGUGUGACAAAAUUGAAUAUUUGUAUUUCUCAUAUGUUUACUAGGUAAUUCAUUAUUGACAAUUUUUUUUUUUCAUUCUUUCAGACGCCGAUUAUGAUGACGUUAUUGGGUGUAUUUUCGUAAUUUCUGUUUGUAAAGUUAACCUAACCAGACUUAAUCUAUGUUAUGUUAUGUGUAAAUGUUUGUUUUUGUGAACGGUUAACAAUUAUUUGAGUAAUCUCAUCGUUACACUAAUUAUUAAAUUAUCCGUACAUUAUAUUAAUAUCGAUAAUAUUGAUUUGUAAGACUAAACAUUAAUAUACGAUGUAUUAUAUUUAUUCUAUCUCAAUAAUUUACUUAAUUAAUUAGUUAAUAUAUUUAUUACAGAAUACUUAGCUAAAAUGUUGAUACACUCGUCCGCAAAUGCAGUUUUUCUGUGCCCUUGCAAAUGCGGCCGCAGUUACAAUUAUCGACAUCAUUUACUCUCUCAUAACGAUUUCGGAUGCCCAAAGCAGUAUUGGAAGUUACGCAUAUGUAGAAUUUGUUGGAAAUCUUGUACACCCGUAUCGUCACUUAGAGCUCACAUGAUAUUAGUCCACAAUAUAUUAACAGAUUAAAAUAUCCACUUAUAGUUCGCAUUAUGUUAUGUUAAAAAAUGUUUUGUUUUCGUAUUUUUUUUUUAGUUUGUAAUUAUGUAUCUCAUUAUAAUUUACUUCUCCAGGUUGACAUAUAAUAUAGUAAGUUCCUAGCUAUGAAUAGUCUCUAUAAAUUAAGUAUAAGUUCCUUUAUGUUUUUUUGUUUUAUUUUCGUAUAAGUUAAACAUGUUAUUACUAAUAUGUUAAAUUUGUAUAUUACUUACCUAUCAAUGAAAAUGUUAUGAUUUUUUUUUACUCUAAAAAAAUAAUAAUAUGUAAUUAUACUUACUUAUACCUACCUAUACUUGUACCUAUAAGACUCAAAUUGUAUUCACAAUAUUUGUUUUAGAUUUAAUGACGACUAAUAUAAUACACAAUAAAUAUAAUAUGACCUCUACUAAUAAUAAACAACUAUUACUUAUUAUAUUAUAUAGGUAGGUACUAUUAUUGACAUUGGAGUGUUUUAUUUAUUACCCCAAAAAUCUGUAUAAAAUAUAAUUAGAUCUCUAUACCUACCUAUUUAAUUGAUUAUAAUUGAGUGAGCAUUAUGUUCAUAGUCUGUACUUCAGGUAGCAAGAAAAAAAAAAAUAAAUUUAAUAAGGAUAAAAUUCUUAAUAAUAGGAUAAUUUCUUAUCUAAGAUUAUUGCUUAAAAAAAAUAUAUUUGGGAUUGGAAUAAAUCAUUCAGCAGUAUUAGAAGAAGUGAAACAUGUAAUGUGUAACACUUCAACAUUGGUUAAUUUUGAUCCCAAUAUAAAAGUAGAAAUACGGUGUGACACAUCACAGGAUGCAAUUGGAUGUUGAAACAAAAAUCAAAAAACCAGUAUGUUUUCUAUUAAGAUCCUUAACAGAUACUGAAAUAGGUUAUGCACAGAUAAAGAACUCUUAGUAGUAACUUUUUCUUGUUAAAAACUCCAUAAUUACAUAUAUUAUGGGAACAAUAAUGUAAUAAUAUAUACUGAUCAUCAACCAUUGGUGAGUAUAAUUAAAAAAUUUUUAAAUAAAAUACAAAAUAAUAGAAUCAAAAGAUUUUAAUAAUAGAUUAAAGUUGAAAUUAAUUUUAUAUAAAUUUGGCCUAGUGUACUUAUUUGGAAAGUUCAUGUAUAUUUCUAAUCUGUUAAGUCAAAACUAUAAAAAAGAUAAUAUGGUGAAAGAUUAUUUGAAGGGUUUAAGCAAAAUAUAUAUGAAACGUUAAAAAAGGUACCUGAUUAUUAUACAAAUGGAUGACCUAAAAGUGUUAGUAAAUCAGAAAAAAAUGCAGAGUUAAUUCACUAUAAUAAGAUAAAAUAUGAAGGAAAGAGAUGUUAGAAUUACUACAUGAAACACACCUAAGUGUUAGGUGUUCAUAAAACUCAUUCAAUAUAAAAUACCUACAAUACCAUUUUUUAAGCUAGGAGCAAAUAUAAAAGAAUGGGCAGGAAAAAAAUAUUUUGUCAUAGUUGAAUAUUUUUUCAAAUGGUCGGAAAUAAUUCUGAUUAAAGGCCUAAAUAGAGUGGCUACACUCAUAAAAUGUUGCAAGAAUAUUUUUACAAGAUUUGGUAUCUUGUUAGAACUAAAAGCCGACAAUAUGCCAUUUGAUAGUUAUAACUUCAAACAGUUAAGUAUUGAGUAUAAAUUAAAAAUAAUAACAUCUAGUCCACAUUAUCCCCGCAGUAAUGGGUUGGCAGAGAAAUAUGUAUGAAUUGUUAAAAAAUCAUUAAAAAAUGUACCAUGGAGAAAAAAAGAUUUACAACUUCUUCUGAAUUAUAGGAACACACCAGUAUCAGCUUGUUAAUAUUCCCCAGUGCUAUUAUUGAUGUCUAGAGUGUUAAACACAAAACUACCAGUUAAGCAAGUUACAUUAAAACUGAGAGUAGUGAAUGCUAAAAAGAAGGAAAAGAGAAAAAAAGUAAAUUUUGAUAAAUCUGCAAAAAGAAGUGAGUUUAAGGUAAAUGAACAGGUUCUAGUUAAAGAUAUUAAAAAGUCAGUAUGAAUUAAAGGUGUGAUAGUUAAAAAGUUGAAAGCACCAAGAUUAUAUUUAGUUGAAAUAAACAAAGUAGUUUAUAGAAGGAACUCAUUUCCUAUUAAAAAAAUAACUGAGAAAAAAAAUUAAAUUAUUAAUCAUGUAUAAAUAUAACUAUAUAAGUUUUCUAAAUUGUACUGAAUUAAGUUAUAUGUUAAAUUUAUGAUUAAGAUUUGUUAAUAUGUAUAUACUUUUUUGUUUUUUUUUUUAAUAUUCAACUUUUUUAAAAUAAUACUGUUGAUUGUAAAUUUUAGAAUGUAUAGUCUUAAGGAAAGAUAAUCUUAAGGAGAGAGAUGUGUUGUAUUGAUAAGUCGUUGAUAAUGAUAAGGUUGGUAACCUCAUAGGUAACUACAAUAUCACAUUACACACUCAUACUACCAGCUCGUAGAGCACUCAGACCAUAAACCAUGUACUUACUUUUUUUCAAUAAAACAUUUCAUUAUACCGGAUGAUCUAUUGAAGUGGAUCUCAUUAUCUCGGAAAGUAUACAUUUUUUUUUUGGAAUUUGUUUUCUAAAACAUUUAAGAAACAAGCAGCCCUACAAUUUUAUAUGUACGUUAUUUAUUGUGACCCUUAUUUUUGGGGGUAAAACCAAUACUCCAUUUAUUUAUGGAAUUUUCAAUAUAGGUUGCUAUUCAGAAAUCAAAAGUACGUGAUGAUUUUACCCCAAAAAGUAAGGGUAUCAAAAAAUAACAUAAAUAUACAAUUGUAGAGCUGCUUGUUUCUUAAAUAUUCUAGAAAAUAAAUUCCGGAAAAAAUUAAUACUUUCCAAGAUAAUAAGUGUACCUACUUAAAUGGAUCACCUGGUACAAUUACAUUUACGUGUAUUAUUUCUUGUAUUAAAUCCUAUCCAAUCUUCAUAACCUACCGUCAGGGGAAGACGGAACAAUACGUACAAUAUGUAUUUUAUAAAAUUAUUUGUAAACCUCAUGAGCUUCCAAUUGAAACCAUUAAGACCACUAUUAAUAUGUUAAAAAUAUUUUAUAUGAAAAAUAUAUACAAGCAUGAUCAAUAUAAAUUAAAAACUUAAGAAUGAAUAAUAAAUUAUAUUAUUCAAAAUAUACUGUAGGUACUUCAAUCGAUUGAAGUAUAAUACAUUACCUAUAUAUUAGUAUAAGUAGUAAUGAACUGUAACUGCUAGUUUUCGCUUAAACAAUAUUAAAGCAAAAUCAAAAAUCUAAAAUGUUCGUUUUGUAAUACAAUAUUAUUCGAUAUACUAUCAUCACCCAAGUGUAAAUUGAAAUCCUAUUUAAUAAAUGUGUUUCAGCUGCUGGACAUCAUGAUGGCGACGCUGCUGAGGAAAUCAGUAGAUUUAGUUGCCCGAAAUCGUGUGGACGAAGUUAUAAAAGAGGUCAGCACUUGAAAAGGCACUUGUUAUAUGAAUGUGGCCAACAAAACCAAUUCUGCUGUACUAUAUGUUACACCUAUUACAGGAGAAAAGACGUACUCAAAAGACAUAUGGCUCUGCAGCACAAUGUUACUGAAAUAAAUUGGCCGUGUCCUAUCGAAAUCAUGCCCAGUGACUGUGAUGUACAGUGCCCUGAUUAA